GGGGGCGGCGGCGGAGGGAAAGCCGUCGCCGCUCCCGCCUUGGGGCCGAGCGGGGGUGCCGGUCGCCCCGCAUCGUCCCCCAAGUCGCCUCCUUGCCCUCUGGGGCGGGUGCCGUUCUCGCUUGAAGCACUACCCCCAGCUCCAUGAAUGGAAAUCGGCUCCGCAGGACCCGUUGGGGCCCAGCCCCUACUCAUGGUGCCCAGAAGACCUGGCUAUGGCACCAUGGGCAAACCCAUUAAACUGCUGGCUAACUGUUUUCAAGUUGAAAUCCCAAAGAUUGAUGUCUACCUCUAUGAGGUAGAUAUUAAACCAGACAAGUGUCCUAGGAGAGUUAACAGGGAGGUGGUUGACUCCAUGGUUCAGCAUUUUAAAGUAACUAUAUUUGGAGAUCGGAGGCCAGUUUAUGAUGGAAAAAGAAGCCUUUACACGGCAAAUCCACUCCCAGUGGCAACUACUGGGGUAGAUUUAGAUGUUACAUUACCUGGGGAAGGUGGAAAAGAUCGCCCUUUCAAGGUGUCGAUUAAAUUUGUCUCUCGGGUGAGUUGGCACCUAUUGCAUGAAGUACUUACAGGCCGGACCUUGCCCGAGCCACUGGAAUUAGACAAGCCGAUCAGCACGAACCCUGUCCAUGCCGUCGAUGUGGUGCUACGCCAUCUGCCCUCCAUGAAGUAUACGCCUGUAGGGCGUUCCUUUUUCUCAGCUCCAGAAGGAUAUGAUCACCCUCUGGGAGGGGGCAGGGAAGUAUGGUUUGGAUUCCAUCAAUCUGUUCGGCCUGCCAUGUGGAAAAUGAUGCUUAAUAUUGAUGUUUCUGCCACUGCCUUCUACAAAGCACAACCUGUAAUUCAGUUCAUGUGUGAAGUUCUUGACAUCCAUAAUAUUGAUGAGCAACCAAGACCUCUGACUGAUUCUCAUCGGGUAAAAUUCACCAAAGAGAUAAAAGGUCUGAAGGUUGAAGUGACUCAUUGUGGAACAAUGAGACGGAAAUACCGUGUUUGUAAUGUAACAAGAAGGCCUGCCAGUCAUCAAACCUUUCCUUUGCAAUUAGAAAAUGGCCAAACCGUGGAGAGAACAGUAGCACAGUAUUUCAGAGAAAAGUAUACUCUUCAGCUGAAGUACCCCCACCUUCCCUGUUUGCAAGUGGGGCAGGAGCAGAAACAUACCUACCUGCCACUAGAAGUCUGCAACAUUGUGGCAGGGCAGCGGUGUAUCAAGAAGCUCACAGACAAUCAGACUUCCACCAUGAUCAAGGCAACAGCAAGAUCUGCGCCAGAUAGACAGGAGGAAAUUAGCAGAUUGGUAAGAAGUGCAAAUUAUGAAACAGAUCCAUUUGUUCAGGAGUUUCAAUUUAAAGUUCGGGAUGAAAUGGCCCAUGUAACCGGACGUGUACUUCCAGCGCCUAUGCUCCAGUAUGGAGGACGGAAUCGGACAGUAGCAACACCAAGCCAUGGAGUAUGGGACAUGAGGGGAAAGCAGUUCCACACAGGAGUUGAAAUAAAAAUGUGGGCUAUAGCUUGUUUUGCCACACAGAGGCAGUGCAGAGAAGAAAUAUUGAAGAUUGAAUUAGAGAAUCUCAUUAUCGUCAUCCUGCCAGGGAAGACCCCAGUGUAUGCGGAGGUGAAACGUGUAGGAGAUACACUAUUGGGUAUGGCUACACAGUGUGUUCAAGUCAAGAAUGUAAUAAAAACAUCUCCUCAGACUCUCUCAAACUUGUGCCUAAAGAUUAAUGUUAAACUCGGAGGAAUCAAUAAUAUUCUUGUACCUCAUCAAAGACCUUCUGUGUUCCAGCAACCAGUGAUCUUUUUGGGAGCAGACGUCACUCAUCCACCGGCGGGUGAUGGGAAGAAACCUUCUAUUGCUGCUGUAGUAGGUAGUAUGGACGCCCACCCGAGCAGAUACUGUGCCACAGUAAGAGUUCAGAGACCUCGACAGGAGAUCAUCCAGGACUUGGCCUCCAUGGUCCGGGAGCUUCUCAUUCAGUUUUAUAAGUCAACUCGGUUCAAACCUACUCGUAUCAUCUUUUAUCGGGACGGUGUUUCAGAGGGGCAGUUUAGGCAGGUAUUAUAUUAUGAACUACUAGCCAUUCGAGAAGCCUGCAUCAGUUUGGAAAAAGACUAUCAACCUGGAAUAACCUACAUUGUAGUCCAAAAGAGACACCAUACUCGGUUAUUCUGUGCCGAUAGAACAGAAAGGGUUGGAAGAAGCGGCAACAUCCCAGCUGGAACGACAGUUGAUACAGACAUUACCCAUCCAUACGAGUUUGACUUUUACCUCUGCAGCCAUGCUGGAAUACAGGGUACCAGCCGUCCUUCGCACUACCACGUUUUAUGGGAUGACAACUGCUUCACUGCAGAUGAACUUCAGCUACUCACUUACCAGCUCUGCCACACUUACGUACGCUGUACACGAUCUGUUUCUAUUCCUGCACCAGCGUACUAUGCUCACCUGGUGGCAUUCAGAGCCAGGUAUCAUCUCGUGGACAAGGAACAUGACAGUGCUGAAGGGAGCCAUGUCUCAGGACAGAGCAACGGGCGGGAUCCGCAGGCUCUGGCCAAGGCUGUGCAGAUUCACCAAGAUACCUUACGCACAAUGUACUUUGCUUAAAAAGUCCAAGUAUGUUCUCAGAGGGGGGCCUGGAAGAUGAGUCGACAUACGACGGAUGUUUCCGGUGGAGUCAGUUAGGUAGGGACGCCUCCAGCCAUACAGAAACCAACACUGUGUGUGGGUCAAGGUCUGAUCCUUCUGUCGAUACAAGGAAGAUUGUUUACUUCAUCAAGGAACAGAGCACCAUUAUGCAAUAUGAAACCAGCCAACUGCUUUUUGUGCGGUCUCCUGUAGGAAGUAUCGCAGUUGUUUGUUUUCACUUCUUGUAGUCUAACCCUUUUAAUGCCUUUACCUCAAGUUGCUUGGCAGCACAACUAUCUUUGCAAAAAAAAAAAAAAAAAGGGAAGAAAAGUACAUGAUGGUUUAAAAAAUACACACCUACAUGAAUAAUCAGAGUGAUUGUUCACAAUUAUGUGUGCAAAAAUUAAUGUGCAUUCAUAUAUUCUUGUAAAAGCUGUCUGUGUAUUUUUUUAAUAUAUACAUGCAUACUUGGUAUGCAUAUAUAUCUGGGUCUAGAUUGAUAAUGGAUAUGUAUGUGUCUGUAUCUGUUUGAUAGCUCAUUCCACUGGGGAGCCUGCUUUCUCUCUUAGUCUCCCGUCACUACACCUUUAUCUCCCUCUACCUCCCUUGCCUCAUCACCUACAUUGUUUUCCUAAUGCUACCAGUGACAUUCAAAUGCUCGUGUGUCUGGUCCAUUUGAACGUGAAGCACGGCAAGCUAGAGUUCUGUUUUACCUUGCCCACCCUUGUCUCCUGUCUCGUACACAAUCUCAGUGCUCAGCUCGCAGUCUGUCCUAUGGUAAUGUUGGUGUGUGUGUUCUGCCCUCCCCCACUCAGUAAGUACAUCCGCCACGUGGGCAGAGCGUGCGUGCGCAGUCGCGGCCUACGCCUGAUUUCCUUUAACGAGUUUUAUUAACGCUGCUAUAAAUAGACAACUUGUCAAAGUUGGACUCUCCCUCUGAUCCUGGUGUAUUCUGAAGCCUUCUGUUUGUAUGAUUAUACAUGGAAAUCCCUUAAAGCUCUUAUUAAGGGUAAAUAUUUUCAAAGAUUGGAACUCCGUAGGUAGAGUCGAGGCCUCUGAAAUCAGGUGGAGAGAGAUGCUAUUGGGAUUUUGUGUCAUCUUGCUUUGCUUUUUUGUUUUGUUUUGUUUUGUUUGCUAGUUUACUUGCUGCCUCAUACCUUAAUGUGAUUUUCAUAUAUAUAUUUUUAUAUAUAUGUGUGAAUAUAUAAACAUAUAUGUAUGUGUUUUGAAGUAUAGCUUCCUUUUCUUUCAUAUUUAUUAGAAUAGUACUUUAAUAAUUGUAGAACCAUAUUGGCAACAUCUUUUAUAGACAUAUAAUCAUGUUUAUUUUGAGAACUGGCAAGUCAUUUUGCUCUUUUAGUGCAAUAAGCAGUUUUAAAGGAAGGUUGUAUCAGUUAGGCAUCUUUACCUUGGAUAGUGGGGGGAACAGGCACCUCCGUAAUCAUGAAAGGGCAAAAUAAUACAGCCUUAAUUUCAGAAGGAAAGUUUUAUCAUUUUCAGUUUUAAAUAAUGACUUUUAAACAUAAUGAAACUGAAGGAAAUGAAAUUGCUUAAAUCAUUCUGACCUUAAAUAUUAGAAAUAAAGUUUAAUUUUGUUGUAAUGACAGUGAACAGCUUAAAAUUUAGAAGAUAUUUAAAAUUUUUGGAAAUUGAUCAUGUUUAAUGAUAGAUGCUCAUUUUCACUUACUAAAAUGGAUCAGGAAAAUGCAGGAUGAUAUUUAAAGUCUUUUUUGUUAAUUUAUAAUCAGUGUAACUUUCCUUUUAAAAUUAAGGUGAUGAUGACAAAGGAAGUUAGGACCGCAAUCAUUUUAAAUUGCUUAAAUCACUGAAAUAUGGGAAAAGUUUUACAAGACUUUUGUUGUAUUGAUUUCACUUUAAGGUAUUAAAAAGUACUAUAAAAUAGCUGUCAAAACCGGGUUCAUCAGUAACAUUGGAUUCAGGGGAACUUUGCACUUUGUAACUCAAGAAAAUUACAUGUUGACCUUUUUGUUGCACUGGUUCAGAGUAUAGACACUACAAGAUUGUUUCCAGUGGGCAUUGUUAGCCUUUCAGAAUUCCACCUGCACAUGAAAACUAAUGGAUGUAGGUCUUUAGUUUCUCUCUUACCUAUAACCCACUAUUAUUGCCAAUUUACUGUAUUUUGAGCCUAAAAUCUGAGCCCAUGUCCUCCAACAGGCAUGAAGUUGUUUGUCCCUCUGCCAGAAAACUAAGAAAGUACUGUAUUUUGUAUGUUUAUUUUGAGAUGUCUGAAAUGUAAUUUACAACACUGUUUUGAAGUGCUUUACAUAAGAUAAUGUUUGUAUGGUUUAUACAUUUUUUUUCUCCCAGCCUUCUCCGAUGUCCUCCCGAAAAAAAUCCUAUAAAAUAUGUUUGGCUUUUUUACAUUGAAAUUUUACUGAAUAUAGUCAGAAACAUGGGCAAGAGAAGAAAAAAGUAUAUCGUGGAUGAUAAAAACUUGCUCUCUGCUUGCUCAGUAUGAGUUAAAUAUCCUUUAUCAGCGGGAGCCACACAAGGUCGUGUGUGAAACUUUAGGAACCGCAGCUAUCCUUCCCCUACUUAAUGCUCCGCCAGUUUUUACAGUCACUUAGACUCACAUAUGCUAAAGUUAAGCCCAUGCUUUAAAUCUAUUUGG